AUGCACAUCAAGCAGAUUAUUAUUCACGGCUUUAAAUCUUAUAAAGAACAAACUAUCAUAGAUCCUUUUAGCCCUAGACAUAAUGUUGUUGUGGGGCGAAAUGGAUCAGGCAAAAGUAAUUUUUUUGCUGCUAUCCGAUUUGUGUUGAGUGACGCGUAUACUAAUAUGGGUAAAGAGGAACGUCAGGCUCUUUUACAUGAAGGAACCGGGCCUCAAGCUAUUACUGCUUAUGUUGAAAUUAUAUUUGACAAUAGCGAUAAUCGAUUUCCUACUGGUAAAGAUGAGGUGGUACUAAAACGUAGUAUAGGUUUGAAAAAAGAUGAAUAUACAUUAGAUGGGAAAAGUGCAACGAAAGCCGAUGUAAUGAAUUUACUUGAAAGUGCUGGUUUUUCACGUUCAAAUCCGUAUUAUAUUGUCCCGCAAGGGAGGAUUACUGCAUUGACAAAUGCUAAAGAUCACGAACGAUUACAAUUAUUAAAAGAAGUUGCUGGCACAAGAGUAUAUGAACAACGAAGGCAGGAGAGUAUGAAAAUUAUUGAAGAAACAGAUUCAAAAAGAUCUAAAAUCGAAGAACUUCUCAGAUACAUUGAUGAACGUCUUAAUGAACUUGAACAAGAAAAAGAGGAAUUACGACAUUUUCAGGAUAUGGAUCGUGAGAGGCGAUGUUUAGAAUAUGCAAUAUUUCAUCGUGAGCAAUCAGAUAUAUUACAUCAAUUAGCUGAAAUGAAUGAAUUACGAGAAAAAGGCGUUCACGGUUCAAAUCAACAAAAUAUAGAGUUUAAUGAUUAUGAAUUAGCAAUUUCUAAUAUUGAAAGUGAAAUAACGGAAAUAAGUGAGAAAGUUGAUUUACUCAAAGUUGAAAAAAGAGAACUUGAUGAAGACAUACAAGAACAAAUUAAAGCGCAUGCACAAAUCGAGUUAGCCAUUAAAGACAUAGUAGAUACGUCUCGACAGAAUAAAAAAAGAGAAGUCGAACUUCGAAAUGUUGAAGCAGAUAUUUCACGAAAAGAAGCGGGAUUGAUGGAAAUAAUACCAAAAUACGAACAGGAGGUUUCAGAAGAGGUCACACUUAAAGAAAGAUUGGAAGAUUCCGAGAUGCAACGUCAAACGCUUUAUGCUAAGCAGGGUCGUAGUUCUCAGUUUCGAACCAGAGAACAAAGGGAUGCGUGGUUAAGGCAAGAAAUACGCGAGAUUGAUAAAACAAAGUCUACACAGAGUCUACAGGUUGUUGAACUAGAAUCUCAAAUAAAUGAAUUAUCCGAAAAUAUAGAGAGAGUUUUGGGAGAAAUUCAUGAUACUAGAAAUAAGUUAGAACAACGAAAAAUAAAUAUUGAAGAAAUGAAUAACGAAUAUAACGAGAUGAAAUCUCAAAGGGAUAAAUUAACUGAGCAACGAAAAGAACUUUGGAAAGAGGAUGCACAAUUAGAAACAAAAUUAGUUAAUGCGCGUGAUCAAUGGAAAAAUAAUGAAAGAACAUUGGCCGGUUCAAUGGAUAAGAAAACAAACAAUGGUUUAAAUGCCGUUAGACGUAUAGCUGAGCAAUUUCGAAUUAGGGGCGUGUAUGGUCCUCUUUAUGAAUUAUUUGAAUGCUCCGAUUCGACAAUGUGGACUGCGGUUGAAGUUACAGCCGGACAAAGUUUAUUCCAUGUAGUAGUUGAUACUGAUGAUACUGCCAGUCGAGUUUUGGAUGUUCUCAAUCGUGAGCAAAAUGGACGUGUGACAUUCGUGCCUUUGAACAGAUUACGAACAAGAAGAUUUGAAUAUCCUCAAGCUGAUAAUGUACAACCCAUGAUCGAUGUAGUAAAGUUUGAUAAAACAUAUACGAAAGCGGUUGAACAGGUAUUUGGAAGAACAAUAAUUUGUGAUAAUUUGGAAAUUGCAUCACAAUUAUCCAAAGAUCAUGAUCUAAAUGGCAUAACGAUAGAUGGUGAUCGAGUUGAACGUAAGGGAGCACUUACUGGAGGUUACCAUGAUGUUCGUAGACGAAGAUUAGAAGCCGCAACUAAUCUGAAAAAAUGGAGAAAAGAACAUUCGGAUUUGGAUCAACGAGCCAAUGCUGUGAAGACUAAAAGACGUCAGGCACAAGAUAGUCGUGAUCCACUUCUGUUCGAACUAAAUUCAAAAAUAAAGGAAGAGACAAAUUUGAAAGAAUCAAAAGCCAGCAAAGAAAAGUCACUUCUGAGUCUUCAAAGCAGUAUAAAGAUGCUCAAUUCACAAAAACAAGCUCAUCAACGAGAAAUGAAUACCGAUCUUACUCAGAAUCUAACUCCACAAGAGUUAAGACGGCUUGAACAACUUAAUGUUGAAGUUGAGAAAUUAGGAAAUGAAUUGUUUAGAAUAUCUACUUCAAGAUCUGAGCUUGAAGGACGAAAGAACGUAUUAGAAAAUGAAUUGAAUGCAAAUUUACGAAGGCGUCGUGAAGAAUUAUUGAUACAUAUUGAGAGUUUGGCUACAAACGAUGAUUAUGAACAAAUGCGUCGUACCAAAAUUGAAUUAGAAAGGAUAAUUAAAAAAAUGUCAGAUCGUGAACAAGAAAUCGAGAUGGAACUUCAAGAAUUCGCUAAUGCUUUGAACCAAAGGAAUUCUGAUUCUGAGCGAUUAAAGACUGAACAAAUCGAACGUCAACAAAAGUUAGAACGUCAGCAAAAGAAUGUAGACAAGUUUCUUUCGAAACGAAAAUUAUUAUUACAAAAGAAAGAAGAAUGUAAUAAAAAUAUUCGAGAACUUGGUGCAUUACCUGAAGAAGCUUUCGAAAAGAUUAAGAAUACUGAUCCCACCACAGCAUUCGAACAGUAUAAUAAUUUUAAGAAACAAAAAGAAACGCUUACUAAAAGGAAAAUAGAGUUGGAUCAAUCUAAAAGGGCAAUUAAUGAUUUAAUUGACGUCUUGGAUCAAAGGAAAGAUGAAGCAAUUGAACGUACAUUCAAACAAGUGGCUAAAUAUUUUUCUGAAGUUUUCGAAAAAUUAGUUCCAGCUGGUAAAGGACAAUUGAUUAUGCAAAGGAAAAUAGAUCACAGGGAUCAAGAUGAUGAUGAAGACGACGGCGAAAUUGAGGAAAAUGAAGGAGGAUCUAGUGUAGACAAUUAUACCGGACUUCGUAUGCAACAACUUUCUGGUGGACAAAAAUCUUUGGUUGCUCUCACCUUAAUAUUUGCCAUUCAACAAUGUGACCCAGCACCUUUUUACCUAUUCGAUGAAAUUGAUGCUGCACUUGAUGCACAAUAUAGAACUUCCGUUGCGUGUAAGUAA